UGAAAAUUUGUUGGUUUGGGUCUAAAUUGGACAAAUAUAAAACUUAAGUGGCGUAUAUGGAUAUUUUAAAGAACUAAUGGACCCCCGGGAAAAUAUAAAAAACUAAAACGCUUAACGACGUUAACUUAACGGUGACGUUUAGUCGACUUGCCGAGUGGAGAGUCUUAACGGCGUUCGAUCUCACAGUUAGACUCCUCUCUUUGAUUCUUCUUCGUCUUGCUAAAAGCUGCUUGCGAAGUUUCUCCUUCAAAUCUGAAAAGCUUCUUCUGGGUUUGAUCCGAUCAAAGGAAUCUUUGAUUGGUUUAGAUGGAAGCUCUCACAUUCAAGGGCUCUGUUAUGGAAGCCAUACUCGAAGCUAAAACACAGAAGAAGCUUUUUGUUGUCUACAUCUCUGGAGAGGAUGAAGAGGAGUCGGAUAAGUUGAACAAGCUGACGUGGACUGAUGCAUCCGUGGCACAGUCGCUGUCCAAGUAUUGUGUUUUGUUGCAUCUCCAAGCUGCAAGUGUUGACGCCACAAACUUCUCUGCUAUAUACCCAUAUUCAUCUGUUCCUUGUAUAGCUGCCAUUGGAUUCAGUGGUACACAAGUUUGGAAAAAUGAGGGGUUUAUUGCUGCUGAAGAUCUCGCAUCCAGUUUAGAGAAGGCUUGGUUGGGACUUCAUAUCCAGGAAACAACUGCAAGUAUCUUUUCAGCAGCACUUGCAUCACAAAACUCAGAGCAACCUACUUCUAGUGCUUCUAAUGUUGUCUUACCUUCUGAAGAAGGCAGUACUUCAGAUACAAUGGCUGCAUCUCAAUCAACUGGAACAAGUGUUCAACCCUCAGAGAGAAAAUCAACGGUGACAUCUGCAUCAACCAAAGAAAAGAAUGAUGGCACAGCUGCUAUUAAGGUCAAACAAUCUGCUGAGCCCAGUAAUCAGCCAGCAUCUUCUGUUCAGGCAGAGAAGGAACCCAUUCGUCCUGCAGCCCCAAGGCCAGAUGAUAGUAGUACAUCCAAAUCUUCUACAGAUAGAAAAAGGAAACAAGAAACCGUGAUAAACAAAGAUGAGAGGGAUAUUAAUUUACCAAAAUCUGUAGCUACAGAAGAGAUUGUAAAGGCUAAGGAGGAAGGAGGAGAGGAUGGAGAAAGUUGGAAACCACCAUCUGAUGUUCACUUAAACAUUCGUUUACCUGAUGGUGCUAACCUUCAAGAGAAGUUUUCUGUAACAAGUACAUUGAGAAUGGUCAAGGACUAUGUGAACAGCAAUCAAACAACAACCGAACUAGGUGCUGCUUAUGAUCUUGCUGUUCCUUACCCUCGUAAGGUUUAUAGUGACCAAGAUCUUGAUAAGUCUCUGUCCGAGUUGGGUUUGCUCGGUAGACAAGCACUUGUAGUAGUUCCGAGGAAAAGAGCAACCGUAUAUCAAAGAGGACCAUCUUACUCUGAGCCUAACAACAACACAGACACAAACAGUGGCGGUUACUUUGGUUAUCUUAGAAGAGUACUCUCUUAUGCAAACCCAUUUUCAUAUUUCGGCGGUGCAUCAAGCUCUGCUCCAGAACCUCGAGGCAGCAUGGAGUACAUGCCGGUUGCGUCCAAUGCAGAGGUGAGAAGCACUCCGGCGCAAGCGGGCUCAGAAGGUAGGGGAAACGUUAGGAACAGGAGGCCAACCACAUCUAGGAUUGGAAGUAACAUCCAUACGCUGAGACACGAUGAAGAAGACGCUCCGUUUGGUGAUGGAAACGCGUUUUGGAAUGGAAACUCCACACAGUAUGGCGGUGAAAGCGGUGGUGGAGACAGUAAUGAUAGGCGAUGAAAAUGAGACAGCUUGAGCUCUGUUUGGAUCUAGUGCUGCAACAGAAACAGUUCCGAGUUACUGAACUCUUCUUAUACUUUUACUCUCUUAUAUGGUUGACCAGCUACAAAAUGUUUCCUUAUGUUUCUGUUUUAUCAGUUACUCAUAUUAAACUCAAAACUUGAAAGAUAAAUUUUAGAUAAUGAAAAUGAAAAUCAAUUUAAGAGAAA